UGGACUUGCAGUGGACUGAGAGUGGCCAAAAGACACUUCAGAUUUGGUUUUAAUGCAUGUGCUUUACACAUGGCAUAUAUACUUUGGAAUCUAACAGCUUUGGGCUAGAAUCUUGGCUCAGUUACUUUAGGCGACAGAGGAGACACAGAAUCUCUGUUAUCUGUAAAGUACAAGUCACUGUACUUCCUGUGUAGGAUUGUGAGAAUUGCAUAUGUUAUAUUAAUAAAUGCUGGUUGAUUGAAAUAUGUUGCUGUUGUUUAGAAAUGUUGGCGGGGCGUGCUGGCUCAUGCCUGUAAAUCUCAGAACUUUGGGAGGCGGAGGCGGGCGGAUUACAAGGUCAGGAGAUCGAGACCAUCCCAGCCAACAUGGUGAAACCCCAUCACUACAAAAAAUACAAAAAUUAGUGGGGCAUGGUGGUGUGUGCCUAUAAUCCCAGCUACUCCAGAGGCUGAGGCAUGAGAAUCCCUUGAACCAAGGAGGCAGAGGUUGCAGUGAACCUAGAUAGUGUCACCUCACUCCAGCCUGGUGAGAGAGCAAGACUCCAUCUCAAAAAAAAAAGUGUUUGGGUCUCAAAUGAGCAGAAGUUCCUUUCAUCCUGUAGCUUUAGAAGGACUUAAAAUGAGAUGGUACACAGCUGUCACUGUUGUUACUACCUUGAUACUACACAGCUGUCACUGUUGUUAUUACCUUGAUACUAACUUGCUGUAGGACCCUGUGUAAAUAAGCAACACUUUGUUUUCCUUGAUCAUUCUUCAGAGAUACUCUUAGAUCCAGAGACCAGGUUACUUUAAAAGAUUUUCAUGAAGAGUAAUUCAACCAACAGAUGAGGCAAAAUGACAUGAUUUUCAAAUAUAAAUGUGCUUUCAACCAUACUACUCGUCUUGUCAGCUUAGUCCGUUUACCCAAGAACCAAUCCUUUUGGGUUUUCUUGUUCUGCUCUCUGAAAUCACCAACCCUGUAGGCUUUUCUAGCUCUUGCUUUAAUCAUUUUAGAGGACAGAAGCUCUGUAAUACUGCCAGUUUUCUGCCUUCUCCUCUAGUCUACCCCACAUCAUUUCUUUUUUCGAAAUGGUAGAUAUCCUUUCUUUUGUCUGAGUUUGACUCCUCAUCCUGUCUUCUGGAUUUCAUCGCCUUUUCACCUCAUUCACGUAAAAAAUAUGCUCAAAUUUCUUCUUUAUAAAUAAAAGUAGCAACAGCAAGCUUCCCUUUGCUUUUAAUUCCUCCUGUUAGUAAGCUUUCUCCUCUUUCCUUUCCUUGGCAUUCUGCUGGGUAUAAUUGUUCUCUUUAGGUCUUCAUUUCCCUUUCAUUCUCCAGCUCACUGUACUCUGAAUCUCAUUCAAAUAGGCCACUGAAAUGGUCCUUUCCAGUGUCACCAUGAUCUUCAGGCCAAAUCUAACUCCUUUUUUCUUGACCCCUUUGUAGCAUUAGCCAGCGGUACCAACUUUCUCUUUAAAAAAUUAAAAAGCCCCUCCCCGCUUGCCCUCGGAGCCGCUAAGCGGCUGCCUUCUUCACCGCCCGCCGAGAUGGCGCUUGACCCCGCAGAGCAGCAUCUCAGACAUGUCGAAAAAGAUGUUUUGAUCCCUAAAAAAAUGAGAGAAAAGGCCAGAGAGAGGUGUUCCGAACAAAUUCAAGAUUUUACCAAAUGUUGCCAGGACUCUGGAGUUCUUAUGGUAAUAAAAUGCCGGAAAGAAAAUGCAUUGAAAGAAUGUCUAACUGCUUACUAUACUGAUCCAGCCUUUUAUGAAGAAUGCAAAAUGGAAUACCUGAAGGAAAGGGAAGAAUUCAGAAAAACUGGAAUUCCUGCAAAGAAAAGGCUACAGAAGCUUCCCACAAGCAUGUAGGCAGAUACUCAAAUGACAUUCAGGAAAUCUAAUAUUCAUGGAAGUCAUUUUAUAGUAUAAAUCACCUUAAAUAAUGGACUGAAGAUAAGAAUGUUUGCUUUAUCUUAAUUAUGGAAAUAUUAAUUUUAUCUGAAAUAAAUAUUUAAAAAAAAAUUAAAAAAUAUUUUUCCUUAAAAUAACGCCUGAGAAACCACAGGGUUUAUAAUGACAAGUAGUAAUUACCUGUUCUUCUUUCCCCAACCGUUGCUACCUAUUCUUCUCCAUUCUCUUCUCCUUUCUGACUCCCAGCUUGAACUGGCUGUAGUUUUACUGUGACACUGUCAAGAUUGAUCACAUUUUUAUCCAUUCUAUCAUCAAAUUAAGUUUUCCAUGCUCUAUUUGCAGGUUGAUUCCAAUUGUCGAGAAAUAACAUUCAGCUUUUGCAUUAUUGUGAGUAGGGAAAUACUGUUCACUGCACAGCUGUUUGCUUCCCUAUAUUUCCAGUGUCAUGAGCUACUCACAAGAGAGUUCAAAUAGGUAGCCGUUUCCUGAAUGCUGCCAGUUGCUCAAAGUUGUGUCUGUUUUAGUUUGCUUCAUGUGGGGAUUAUAGGUUUGAAAUAACUUUUUGUUUUUUCUUGAGUUUCUGGUGCUUAAAAAAAAACUAGACAGAAGAAUCUUAAGCCUUUCAAAAAAGCUUCUCAAUCUUUCUUUAUAUUGCUUACAACCCAUUACAUUUAUCUUCACGAAACCUACUGUUUUCUGAUUCUGAUUUUGACUAGUUGUUCUAGUUUGGAUUAGUUGUUUCACAUUUGAAUCAUUGCUCCAUUUUGUAGGUUUUUCUAUUUCCUGGAGUUUUUAGCUGCUUUUUGUCUCCCUGCUUUUUCUUGCAUUAUAUUUAUUUUCCAUAUCAUCAUUCUUCCCUCCACCCCUAAAUCUCAAUCUCACUAUUUGUUGCAUGGAACUUUCCUUUUAUCCUGGAUCCCUCUAUCUCCUUACUCCAUUUUCAGCUGCCGUCUGUUGGGUUUGCUGCACAGCUUUGUCAACAUUGGAUUUACCGCUCUUUCAGUUGGACCACUAUUUUCUAAAUAUACAUGUUUUCUUUUUUAAAUCUUUUGUUGAAAUAUAUUGCCAUAUUACUUUAAGGAAGAAAGAAUGAAUAUAAAUGUAUAAUACAUUAUGUUCCUUGAAAUAAAAUGAGGGAUUAAUGGGAAAUAAAUUUUUUGAGCCCUUGUGUUUUUUCAAAAAAAUGUUUGCAUUGUGCCUUCAUGUUUGACAGUUCAGUUCUAAGUUGAAAAUUAUUUUUCUUUGGAAUCUUAAUAGCCGUCCUGUUUUUAUCAUCUCAUGUUGCUGAAGAGAAAUCUUCUGAUUCUUAUUCUUUUGUUGGUGACCUAUUUUAAUUUCGUGUCUUUUUUUUUUCCCCUGGAAACUUUUAGGCUCUCCUUUUUAUCCUUGUAGUCUGAGUUCUGACAAUGAGGACUGUGUCUCGUUUUCCCCUGGAUACUUUUUCAUUGUUCAUAGUAGAAACUUUCAGUUUGUGUACUUCUGUUUCACUUGUACUGGAGAAUUUAAUAACCAUUCUUCUUUCGUUUUCAUUUUUGAGACAGAGUCUCAUUCUGUUGCCCGGGCUAGAGGGCAGUGGUGUGGUCUCAGCUCAUUGCAACCUCCGCUUCCUGGGUGUAAGCAAUUCUCCUGCCUCAGCCUCUCUAGUAGCUGGGAUUACAGGCGCCUGCCACCACGCCCAGCUAAUUUCUUUGUAUUUUUAGUAGAGACGGGGUUUCACCAUCUUGGCCAGGCUGGUCUUGAACUCCUGACCUCAGGUCAUCCACCUGCCUCGGCCUCUUCUGAGUUACUAUUCACUACAUUAUUUGUCUCUCCUUCUGGGAAUCCUGUUAGCCAUUCUCAUAGAUCUGCUGGAUUGAUUCUCUUUUAUUUUUCCAGUUUUAUUGAAGUAUAAUUGAUGGAUUCUUUAUAUUUUAUUAUCUCUGCUUUUAUCAUUCUCUAAUUUUUUAAUUCAAAUUUGAAACAUGAUCUUGACUUCUAAUCUUAUAUUAAAUAUUUUAAUUUGACAGUCAUUUUUAAUUUUUAAAUUUAAAUGUUGCAUUCAAAUAUUAACAUUUUACAUACUUACAGUACAAUUGUCAAAAUCAGGAAAUUAACACUGAUUUAAAUAAAUAAGACCUCUGAAUUUCUUAUUGUUCUCAUUUCAUAGCAUCUGUUUUAUAGGAUAUUAGUUAAGAAUCUGAAAUCAUGGACUUUGGGGUCAGACUAGUAUUCAGUCUUGUGGUCUUACUACUCACUAGAUGUAUGAUGUCGGAAACAUUUCCUAACCCUUCUCUGCCUCAUGAAGACGGAGAUGCUGAUGAGGAGGAUGAUGCUAAUAAUACCUGCAUGUUACUAUGUGUAGGUCGUUUAGAAUAGUUCCUGGCACCUGAGAUAGUCCUUGAUAGUGCUGAGUGGUCCUGAGGUGCAAUGGAACCAGAUUGUCCCAGCUCUGCAUUGGACAUUUGUGGCGUUGGAUGAGUUUUAUUUUUAUUUCAUCAACUUUUUAGUUUGAAUUAUUUUAUACUUAGAAAACAGUGCCAAACAUAGUACAAAUAAUUCCUGUAUGUACCUUAUUCGGAUUCCCCAAACAUUAACAUUUUACAUAACUACAGUACAGUUGUCAAAAUCAGGAAUUUAACACUGAUUCAAAUAAUAUUAUUUAAUGUACAUACUAUUUACAAUUCAUUAAUUGUCUGCUAAUUUCCCUGAUUUUAGUAUUUAUUCCAGGAUGAACUUUUGCAGGUAGCUUCAUGUCUCCUUUAAUUUGGACAGGUCCCUGGUUUUUCUUUGCUUUUUAUCAUCUUGCCAUUUUUGAAGGUUGUUUGAUAGAAUGUCCCAAAUUUGGUCUUGUUUGAUGUUUGAUUAAAUUCAGGUUAUGUGUUUUUUUUUUAGCAAGAAUACCACAGAAAUGAUGCUGUGUUCUUCCAGGAGCAUCAUACCAUGAAGGACGUGAUGUGAAUAUCCUGUGUUACUGGUGCUGUUAAUGUUGAUCACUUGUUCUAGCUGGUGCCUGCUGUAGUUCUCCUUUGCAAAGCUACUCUUUGUGUUCAACAAAUCUUAUAUGGGGACAUGCUUUAGAUUAUGUGAAUAUUUUAUUUCUCAUCAUAGUUUUGUUCACUGAUGAUUCUUGUCUGCAAUAAUUAUUACUGUGACAUUUGCCAAAUGGUGAUUUUUCUGUUUUAAUCAUUCCUUCUAAUUACUUGGAAUUUUGCUUUAAGAAAGAACUUUCUGGCCGGGCGCGGUGACUCAAGCCUGUAAUCCCAGCACUUUGGGAGGCCGAGGCGGGUGGAUCAUUGAGGUCAACAGAUCGAGACCAUCCUGGUCAACAUGGUAAAACCCCAUCUCUACUAAAAAUACAAAAAAUUAGCUGGGCAUGGUGGCACAUGCCUGUAAUCCCAGCUACUCAGGAGGUUGAGGCAGGAGAAUUGCCUGAACCCCGGAGGCGGAGGUUGCGGUGAGCCGAGAUCGCGCCAUUGCACUCCAGCCUCGGUAACAAAAGCGAAACUCCGUUUCAAAAAAAAAAAAAAGAAAGAACUUUCCCAUUUUUGCAUUAAUGUAUUCAGUUAUUUAUAUUACUGUGGAUUUAUGGAUUCUAAUUUACUCUAGGCAUAUGAUCUUUUACUAUCAUUAUUUAUUUUGAUUUAUUUAUUUGAGACAGAGUCUUGCUCUGUUACGCAGGCUGAAGUGCCGUGGCACAAUCUCCACUUACUGCAACCUGCGCCUCCCAGGUUCAAGCAAUUCUCCUGCCUCAGCCUCCCGAGUAGCUGGGAUUACAGGUGCCUGCCACCAUGUCUGGCUAAUUUUCGUAUUGUUAGUAGAGACAGGGUUUCACCAUGUUGGCCAGGCUGGUCUUGAACUCCUGAUCUCAGGUGAUCUGUCUACCUCAGCCUUUCAAAGUGCUAGGAUUAAAGGUGUGAGCCACUGUGCCCAGCCUAUUUUGAUAAUUGGUGUUCCAAAAUUUUUUUUUUCUGGUUUUUUAUUUAUUAUACUUCAAGUUCGGGGUACAUGUGCAGAAUGUUGAGGUUUGUGGUAUACGUGUGCCGUAGUGGUUUGCUGCAUCCAUCACUCUGUUAUCUACUUUAGAUAUUUCUGCUAAUGCUAUCCCUUCCCUAGCCCCACAUCCUCUGACAGACCCCAGUGUGUGAUGUU